AUGAAGAAAGCAAUCGGGAUCAUAAAGCAAGACCUCCACAAUGCAAAAGAACUAGGAGACAGCGCAGACGAGGGACGUGCCUACUACAAUCUUGGCUCCACUUAUCACAUGAUGGGUGAUUUCAGUCAAGCCAUAAAGUACCACGAAGAACAUCUCCGUAUUGCUAAAGAACUGAAAGACAAGGCAGACGAGUACCGUGCCUACCACGAUCUUGGCUCGGCUUAUGACGAGCUGGGCGAUUUUAAUCGAGCCAUAGAGUACUACAAACAACAUCUUAGUAUUGCUAGAGAACUGGGAGACAGGGCAGGCGAGCAAUGUAUCUACCACAAUCUUAGCGGCGCUUAUCACAAGAUUGGUGAUUUCAGUCAAGCCAUAAAGUACCACAAACAACAUCUCAGUAUUGCUAAAGAACUGAAAGACAAAGCAAACGAGUACCGUGCCUACCACAAUCUUGGCUCGGCUUAUGAGGAGCUGGGCGAUUUCAAUCAAGCCAUAGAGUACCACAAACAACGUCUUAGUAUUUCUAGAGAACUGGGAGACAAAGCAGGCGAGAGAUGUGCCUACGACCAUCUUGCCUCGGCUUAUGAGGAGCUGAGCGAUUUCAAUCAAGCCAUAGAGUACUACAAACAACAUCUUAGUAUUGCUAGAGAACUGGGAGACAGGGCAGGCGAGCAAUGUAUCUACCACAAUCUUAGCGGCGCUUAUCACAAGAUUGGUGAUUUCAGUCAAGCCAUAAAGUGCCACAAACAAUAUCUCAGUAUUGCUAAAGAACUGAAAGACAAGGUACAUGAGUACCGUGCCUACCACAAUCUUGGCUCGGUUUAUGAGGAGCUGGGCGAUUUCAAUCAAGCCAUAGAGUACCACAAACAACAUCUUAAUAUUACUAGAGAACUGGGAGAUAAGGCACACGAGGGAAGGGUCUAUAACAAUCUUAGCAUGGUUUAUCAGAAGAUGGAUGAUUUCAAUCGAGCCAUAGAGUGCCUCAGGCAACAUCUUAGUAUUGUUAAAGAACUAGAAGACAGGUCAGACGAGGAAUGUGCCUUUCAUCUGCUUGGUGAAGCUUAUCACGACUUGGGUGAUUUUAAUCAUGCCAUAGAGAACGCCAACAAAUGUCUAAGUAUUGCUAGAAAACCGAUAGUAAGGUCGAAAGCCCUUAGAGUUGCUGGUAAAAGUUAUAUGUCAAUGGGCAAAUUGUAUCGAGCCAUGCAGUUUUUCCAGGAUUACCUUGAUAUCGCUAAACGCAUAGGAGACAGGGAAGGCGAGGCUGAAGCCUAUGUCCUUAUUGGAACUGUUAAUGCUCGACGGGAUGAUUUUAACCAGGCAACAGAGUAUCUUGAGAAAGCGCUUACCAUGGCCAAAGAACUGAGAGACCAGGAAAUCGAGGCAAUGGUCUACGCCAGUUUUGUGGAAAUUCUUCGUAAACAGGGUGACUUUGAACGAGCCAUCGAGUACAACAAGAAAUGUCUUAAUAUGGUUCAGAAAUCGGGGCAGAGAAUAAUCGUGGGAAAUUAUUUAGCCAAUUUAGGUCGUACUUAUGAAAGCUCUGGAGACUUGCAUCAAGCGGUUGAUUAUUAUCAACGCAGUACUAAACUUUUCAAUGAAUUGAGAGUUCUGCAAGUUGACGAUGCGUUAAAAGUAAUCUUCCGCAAUGCACGUCAAGACAUUUACCAGUCACUCUGCAGAACCUUGCUUAAGCUGUCAAAAUUCAACGAGGCAUUGUGUGCUGCGGACCAAGGACGAGCCGAGGCCUUGUUGGAUCUCAUCAAACUACGAUAUGGAUCCCAACUGGCAGUUUCUGGAUCAGUUCAGGCUAAACCAGGGAUCUCCGAAAUGGUCACUAAUAUCUCUGGUCCGACGCUUUUUGUUGCACUACAAGGAAACGCAGUUAACCUGUGGGUAAUCGGGAAAGACAGGAAUGUACAGUUUACAAAGAAAGAAGUGAAAUAUCUCCUUGGAGAUGCGACCGACUAUUUGAAUUGCUUAAGGAAGAAGGCUUACGAGGAAAUUCGAGGAAGAUUCAGGGUAAUCUGCGAAAACCGCACAUUAGACGGGUCAAGUACCGAACAAGAAUUGCCACCCGCCGAGGAAAGAGGUGAGGAAACAGGAAACCCAUUACAGUCUGACGAGAAUCCUCUGCGUCUCUUUCAUGAGUGCAUCAUAAGUCCUAUUUCAGAUUUGAUCGAAGAUGGCGAGUUGGUUGUCGUUCCUGAUGGUCCACUGUGCCUCGCCCCUUUUGCUGCAUUUUUGGAUUCCGAAUCAAAGUACCUCAGUGAGUCCAUGAGGAUACGCAUUCUUCCGUCAUUGAUGUGUAUGAAACUGAUCAACGCUUCUCCCAAAGAAUAUCACAACAAGAGUGGGGCGUUGCUCGUAGGAGAUCCAUGUCUAGAGGACUUUACCACCUUGCUCGGAGAGAAUAGAUUUUCCCCCUUGCCUUUCGCCAAAAAGGAAGUGGAGAUGAUCGGAGCGAUGCUUGGUAUCCACCCACUCACAGGAAAAGAGGCAACCAAGGCUGAGGUGCUAAGGAGAAUCGGUUCGGUUGCUUUGGUGCACAUUGCUGCGCACGGAAAAAUCGAAACUGGGGAAAUUGCUUUGGCUCCAAAUCCACAACGAGAAUACAGAAGACCAGAAGAACAAGAUUUCAGGCUAACAAUUUCCGAUGUACAAGCAGCAAAGUUGCGUGCAAAGCUUGUUGUGUUAAGUUGUUGUCACAGUGCUCAAGGCAAGGUGUCUAGUGAGGGUGUGGUCGGCAUUGCACGGGCUUUCCUCGGUGCCGGUGCUCGUUCUGUUCUGGUCGCACUCUGGUCAAUUGAUGACGAGGCCACCAUGGAGUUUAUGAGAAGCUUUUACCAACAUCUGAAGGAUGGAAACAGCGCCAGCGUGUCACUCAACCGGGCGAUGAAAUGUCUGCGAGAAUCAGAAGACUUUAAUGCCCCGCGGUUCUGGGCUCCGUUUGUACUCAUUGGUGAUGACGUCACAAUCGAUUUUAAAGAAAUCAACAAUGAAUCAUCGCAAGAAGAACAAGUAUCACCAGCGGAAGUAAAGGAUCAAGAAGAACUGGAACAGGCGCCAUAAAAUGAACACUCUAACUUCCAAGCCCUCGAGACCGGUAGAGUAACUUCACGCAACGAGGACAUUGAGAAAAUGCUUAAUAAUCUGUGAACCUUACUCGUGGGUAACUUAACUGGGUCAAUUCCGUAAGGUCUAAAUGACGUGAACAUAGGAUGUCUUAAUGAAUUGAAACCAAGCCUGAUUUAAUUGUGGUGCUUCGCUUUUGUCUAAGCUGAGAAUAAGGCAUAUUAUCAAUAAGAAAAUUUCCGAGUUUUAAUCAAUUUAAUUUAUGAUACUUUUUUAUUUUUCCUAUGGAAAUCAACCUAUGUUACAAACUCGCGAUCUGCGCCAAUUGUUAAUUACCUCGGCCCGAACAAGAUACCUGUGGCCUGCGAAGAUUAUGGUUUACUUCUUGGCGAGUUUCCUAAGUAUGUCUCUACUUUAACCUCAGGUCUUAAACACAUGUACAUAUUUAAAAGUUUCAAUCUAAGAAAAUUACUGAGUAAGGCAAAACAAAACUAGGUAUCAUCGAUAAUAAGCUGAAAUGAAAGCAAGAGUUUCCGAAAAU